AUGAACGCCCGAGAGCCGUUACUUUCUGGCUUCGCUGAGGCUUCCAGCUCCGUUGCCCGAGGUAGUAGGGCACGCCAGGCCGCUGGCAAGAAGCGGAAGGUCGUGGUAAUCGACAACGACUAUGAGGACGAUGAAGACGACGAGGAAAAAAAAUAUGAGGAUGACGAGAAUGACGAGGAUGGUGGCGCCGACUUCGACCCCAAGGCUAAGCAGAAAGAGAAUAAAGAUAGCAAGCUCGCUGGCCUGGAUUCCCGCGGCAACCCCCUCCAGUCUGAAUUCGCCUCCGCGAUGGAGCGGGCCACCCUGGCUACUAAGGCCGUUCGGGAUGUUGACUGGCGAGAUGGACCUAAGCCUCUCUAUAACUCGAGCCAGCGUCGGGCCGCAUACCUACGAACCGAUCCCAAGCGCCGCGGUGGACGUGCUUCCGAGAAGGUCAAGACCUCUAACCCUUCCGAUCUCACCACCGGUCAAGGCAACCUUACGCCUGCUACUAGCGUCCCUGGAACUGCUCAAACUGGCCCUACCGCUGUAAAGAAGCAGAAGGAUAACCCGGCCGGGCAGCCAAAGGCUAUGGAUGCCAACAAAGCCGCCCGAGUAGGCCCUUGGAAGAAUAAUUGGAUGCGCUCCCCACUUGGAGAUCCCGAUGUGCGGGAUCCCAACGACUUUUCAAUCGCUCUCGCGGCCUUUCAGGCAAUCCCGGACAUGGUUUCCCGCCUUCAUAGUGAUCGGGCUAUCCUCGGGAGCUAUCUCGUGAGCAAAGGGCUCAUUAAGCCCGAGGAUGUGCCUAUGAAGGAUGAAGAAAAGGAGGAAGAGAAGAAUCCUUUCUUAAAGUAUGCCUAUUAA